UGUGGGCACCCGGCUGCGCAAGAAGCGCUGCGCUUUGUGAAUGGCCCGGUGUCUUCUGGGACCUGUCAUGUCCACAGUCUCUUGGUCAUCUCCUGUACUGUGUCCGCAGUCUCUGGUCAUCUCCUGUACUGUGUCCGCAGUCUCUGGUCAUCUCCUGUACUGUGUCCGCAGUCUCUGGUCAUCUCCUGUACUGUGUCCGCAGUCUCUGGUCAUCUCCUGUACUGUGUCCGCAGUCUCUGGUCAUCUCCUGUACUGUGUCCGCAGUCUCUGGUCAUCUCCUGUACUGUGUCCGCAGUCUCUGGUCAUCUCCUGUACUGUGUCCGCCGUCUCUGGUCAUCUCCUGUACUGUGUCCGCCGUCUCUGGUCAUCUCCUGUACUGUGUCCGCAGUCUCUGGUCAUCUCCUGUACUGUGUCCGCAGUCUGUCUGGUCAUCUCCUGUACUGUGUCCGCAGUCUCUGGUCCUCCCCUGUACUGUGUCCGCAGUGUCUGGUCAUCCCCUGUACUGUGUCCGCAG